ACCCCUUUUUCCGGUUCAAAUUUCGGUUUAAAAUCGAAACCAAAGCAAUGAAUUCGAAUAAUCAUUUGCCUAAGAAUAUGAUAACGGCGAUUCAAACAACAAAGAAUUCAUACUCCAAACUUCUUCUCACUGAUCUGCUUUAUGGUUUUCAUCUUUUCCAGAAUGUUCGUAACAAGGGGACCGAUAACCGAUAUAUCAUUGAUAUAUCGGGAUAUUAACUACAUAGAUUAUAUGUUUGUCUUGGAAGUUUUCUUUUGGGAUUUAUGUUCGUUUUGCGGCAACAGGUUUUCCGUUGUCGCCAACCCUGCUGUAGCUACCAGCUUCUGCCGCCGCUGGUCAACGCUGGCUGACGGUUGACCGCUCAAAGUUGGUUCAGCAGAAAGUCAACGGCAACAAUUUCACGCUGCAGAUUCGGUUGCUUUUACGGAAAGAAAAGAACAGUACAUAUCUCUUAACUUUCUAAAUAGCGAUGGCGGUUACAGAAAAAUUGCAUGAAGAAAGGUCAUUUUCAGAUAACUAUUUAUGGACCAAACGUAGCAGAAAGGUAACAUAUAGACAUGAAGAAUUUGGAACUGAAUCGGCGAAAAAACUUGAGGCGUCUCAUGUUUUCUACUAUUUUUGUAAAAAAGUUCGAUGAUCUUUAUUUUCUGUCAAUCUUUCCGGGAGCCGCUACCCGAUCAAGCUAGCUCCGCGGUGACUUCCCAUGCCGAGUUCUUACCCUGGGCGACAUAUGCCACUCCCAUGACUCGAACCCGGUACCUCUGGGAAGAGGUGGGUGUCGGUGGCCAACUGGGCUACCCCAGUUGGUUAGCAAACACUAUUGUUUGAAACAUCAUAUUAAGCACUUUUCAGCUUGGUGAUCAAAUGUCUGUCGUUUUCAUUUUCUUAUCUCGUGUUCUACAAAACAGUUCACAUAACCUUAUAUGCUAAUGCAAUUUCCUGACAUAAUUAACGUUUUAAAGCUGCAAGCCGUUGGUUGUGUUGCUCGAGGGAAUCAGCUUACAAUGUGAAUGGGACCUUGUGAAAGCGAUAUCAGAGGACGGUUUGCCUGUGAUUGCGUCAAUGAGUUCUUUAGGACUAACAUUCCCUGGAUAUUUAUUAUAUAUAUGGAGUUGGAUUUACAUGAAGAACAUAGUCAACAGAGAGUGUUGACAGAGCCAUCGAGUUCAAAUCCAAAGUCAGCCAAGAGGGCAAAGAAAUGCGCCUCUUCGGAAGUGAAGAUCAAAUCAAAGCCAACUAAAGACAUGAAAAUGCAUCGGUUAAUAUUUGCGGAUGGAGAAAUACUGGAUGGAACUGCUGUUGCUUAUAUAGCUAAUGGAAAGAAAGUGCUAUGCGGUAAAAAGCAAGGCCAUGGUAUACUCUGUGAGUGUUGUAAAUCUAAGAUUAGUGCCUCACAGUUUGAAGCUCAUGCUGGCUGGAGCACGCGCAGAAAACCCUACGAGAAUAUUUUUCUCCCAAAUGGAGUCUCUCUACAUGCAUUUUCACUUCUCUUAAAGCAAAUUCACGAAAAUCUGGCUAUGAAGAAUGGCGUGUGUGGAGAGUGUCAUAAGGGAGGAGACCUAACGCUCUGUGACGGAUGUCCUCGGUCUUUUCAUAAUGAAUGCAUACUCGAUACAUGGCGUCCUCUUGAAAUAUGGUUUUGCAAAUAUUGCAAAGACUCGAUGAAGCGUUCGGAAUCAUAUUUGAAUGAUGUGGCUGGUUUAACGGUUUCUGGACUCAAUCCCAUAGAAGAGGUUGAAAAGCGUUGCAUCCGGAUUAUUGAUAAUCCAAACAAGCAUGAUCUGGUAGCAUGCUCGUUAUGCAGAUCAUACGAGUUCAGCGUUGAUGGCUUUAAUGAUCAAACCGUUAUCGUGUGUGAUCAGUGCGAAUUAGAAUUUCACAUCGGUUGCUUGAGGGAACAUUAUAAAGCCAAUCUGAAGGCUUUGCCACCGGGCAGUUGGUUCUGCUCGGUCGAGUGUGGGAGACUCAGUUACGUUAUUAAGGUUUUGGUUACCCGCGGAGCACAAAAAGUUCCUGAUACUCUUGUGGACACCGUAACUAAUCUUGACGUGAAGUGGGUUGUCGUUCAUGGCAAACAUGCUUCAGAAGAAGACAAGUCGUUGCUUGCUGAAGCUGCUGAUAUUUUUCAUGAUGGUUUCAAUCCGAUCGUCGAUUCGGUAACCGGAAAAGAUUUCAUUGAGUCUAUGACAUAUGGGAAGAGUAUAGAUGCGUCGGAUUUUGCUGGGGUGCAUUGUGCCAUGUUAACAACAGGCUCAAAAGUUGUUACAGCUGGAUUGUUUCGUGUAUUUGGUCACGACAUUGUAGAACUUCCAAUUGUUGCUACCAGUCAAACUUACCAAGGGAAGGGCUACUUCAAGCUUUUCUUCACGUGCUUCGAGAAACUGCUAUCGUUUUUAAUGAUUAAGAAGCUCGUGGUCCCAGCUGCUGAAGACACGAAAGCGAUGUGGACUAACAAAUUUGGUUUCAGAAGAGUGACAGCGUCAGAGCAAAGCGAGUACCGAAAAAAACAAACAUCAAUGGUGGCUUUUACUGGCACCAGUUUACUGGAGAAGGCCGUCCCUGAAGGUCUUGUCACUUUUGAAGACAAUCCUUUUUUCAAUCUAAAUAUGGGGUGAUCUGUUCUUGAGGCAAAACUAGAAAGAAGUUUAGACGGUUUUUGUUUCAUGCAAAUGGGUAGAAACAAAGUGUGUUUCUUAGUUUGGUAUCUUUUUCUGUUUGAAUUCUGGUUUGAUGUAGCUGUUUUUGCAUCAUGCUUUAUUAUCUGUCCGAUGCUUGUCUAUUUGCCUGUUUUGUGGUAUGCUUGUCUAGUUUGUAUCUGUCCGAUACAAACUAAUAUGUAUACUUGAUAUCCGACGAGUAACUACACGACACAUACCUGGCGGGUGUCGUGUCGGAUUAUGGACACAUUCACAAUACUGUUACC